GCGAAGCAAUCAGAAACAAUCGGGUACUUUCGUGAAACGAUUAUUGGAUAUCAUCUCUACCAAUUUCUUCUCUACCUGACACGAUUUUAUCCAUUCACAAUCCCACUGCUCGCACACUUGAUGUUCCUGAUAAAAUUUAACGAAGAUACACUGGUGGUUGAUGAUUCAUAUAAAGUUUUCAACUUCGAUUGUUUAUUUCAGCAGUAUGUCAACGAAUGGGCGAUCCCGUUGGAAAGAACUGCUGAGGCGUUAAGAAAACUUGAUCAAUGGAUAAAAGAAAAUGAGAAAAAAAUUUAUGUUCAUUUUCCUAUUGAAGUAAGAUUUGUGGAUCAAGAUGAUAUUUGGUUAAGCCCGUCUUAUGGGAGGAAAACUUGUUAUAUUGGAAUUAUUAUGUAUAGACCUUAUAAUAAACCAGUACCAUACAAGAAAUACUGGGCUGCUUAUGAACAAAUUAUGCGUGAAUGUGAUGAUUUUCUUGAACUUCGCGAGAAAUUAGAUCCCGAGGGAACCUUCUUAAACCCGUAUCUGAGACGACAUCUGCUUGGAGAACAUGGACCAGAAAUUGAUGCUGCCCAAUUUAAAGCAAGAUUGUGA